AAGCUCAGCUGCUUAGAACAGAGCAGUUGCUUCGUCUUGCAGGGGCGAUAGGAUAAAACAUAUUACUACAAUAACAAUGGAUUCGUGUACAGAAGACCUUUCACGAGCAGAAGAAAUGACAAUGUUGACACAUGAAGAUAUAUCUGAAGAGAACAUUGAGACUUGUGAUGAAGUGGAAAAUCUACAAAAUAGUUUCCUUGAGGCUGUCCAUGAUGAAAAUAUUCAACCAAAGAUGCAGUGUCUAAUGAUGGACUCAUCCUUCUCCAUGGUAACCAUGCAAGGGGAAGACAGCGGCAUUGAAUGGGAGACAACUCCAAGUCGUUGCAAUACACCCUGGGCAUCUGAGGCUGGGACUCUCUCUGCAGACGUCAACACAGUCAGAGCCACGGGGCCUACUCCUUCAGCGGCCUAUUCAGCCGGCAAAAUCAUUUUUGUCAUGGAUGAAGAGUUAAUCUCAAGACAAAAGAAAACAAAAGAAAAAGGACAUGGGUCUAAAGGGAAAGGGGGCAUACCACAAGACGUAAUAUUAGGAAGUUCUGACAACAUCUCUGGUAGACCAGAACUUGUUGGUUUCUCCCAGCCCAAUGUCAAAGCAGAUAUCGAUGAAUGUGAGGAAGAGAUCAGAAAUCAAUCUGAAGAUAAAGAGCAGAAGUUAUUUAGGCUGGUAUCUGAAGGUUCGGAGAUUCUGAACAUUAUUGUCCCUUCUAAAAUGGUGACAGUAGAUGAAGAGGAGAGCAAAGAAAUAGAGGACAAUUUGUCAUAUUUGGAGGCAAGUAGUGUUGUUAAAGCUAAUGAGGAAAUCCACGAUCAAAUAUUCGAACUGCAGAAUGAGGAGCUUCAAGUGCCAGUUCAUUCAGACCUUGGCGCUGCAGUUAGUCCACCUAUCAGUGCGCAGUCAAUGGAUCCACCAGGAGCCCCAGUACCCAAACUCUCAUCAAAGGAACCCCCUAAUGUGGAUUAUUUUGAAGCCUUCACAUUGAUUGAUGCCCAGGCUCCAGGUAGCCCUGCUGUUCCUGAAAAAGAGCAGUCUAAAGCAGAAGAAGCUGAUAGAACUCUGGACAAUGAAAAUUCUUGUCAGCCUAAAGUCACCAGCAGCACUAUACCAUUAUCUCCAGAUGAGGAAAAUGAAGACGACAUUAGUUUGGUAGAAAUUACUAGUGAGCUACUGGACGAAGUCUUCUAUGGCAACCCUGACAAUUACAAUAAAACAUCUGAUAAAGCUAAUGACAAUAAACGUGUACCUUCUAGACUUUCUUUAAAACCAACUGGUGCCACAUUGUUUGGAAGCCAAGAAGAUAUUUUAACUCCAAUCUACCUACCUGAAGGACCACCAAAGAUUAUUGACCCCAUUUUGCUAGAGGAGCCCAAAGCUCUGGCCUUUCUUUACACAGAUCUCUAUGAAGAAGCAACAGGAAGUCGAAAAAAGGAAGAGGAUACAGAGAGCCUGUCCUCUGAGAAAUCAUUUCACAGUAGGCAUUCAGAUAGAGAGGCCAGAGGUUACUUAGAGAAGUACAUGCUAAUAGAUGAGACACCGGUAUUAGGAGCACCACAAAGUGAAAAUAUCCACUGUCCUAAGGAUGCACCCCGGAUAAUAUCUCAAAAUGUGUAUGAAUUUGAAGAAAUGGCUUCCAAACGAGAAAAAAUUCAAAUACCAGAUUCUGAAGAAGAAGUAACAGACUUCUUUAGAUCUUGUGCUGAUUCAUCUCCAUGUACCUUUGAGCCAUUGUCACGUUUGGCUGAAGAGGAUGAAGAUCAAACAGCAACAAAAAACAAAGCAAAGAAGAACAAGAAACAUGUAAUAGUGACAGAAAAUAUACCAGAAAGCACGACAGACUCCCUUGAUGAGUUUCCAAUCGAUGAUCCUGAUUGGGAAAGUGCUUUUGAUGAUGUUAUAGCUGUGCCUGAAAAUGAAGACAAUGUGCAGCCACAUCAGCAACCACUGCAGCACAUGGAUAUGCAGCUGCCUGUUGCUCCUCCACGGCAGAAAGCCUCAUCACGUCAGAAGGCUUGUCUUGACUUGGCACCUCUUACUCCUGUUGACAUACAAGAGGAGAUGGAAGCUGGUGCAAAAGAGGACCGUGAGGAAGAGAAAGAAACAGCUUCCCCUGCUGAGACAGCUGAUGAGGGAGAUGGAGAAGACACAAGCAAGCCCUUUAGUGAGCCCGCCUCAUCACAAAAUACAAUAACACCUGAUGAACCAACUGAUGGAGAAAUUGAGCCAGAAACAAAAGGCGUGUCAAAUUCCCAAACAGAGGAUACACCUUUUGAAGAAAACAAUGAAACAUUAGAGGCAAAUGUGUCAGAAAACAUAACCACAGAGUCAACUGAAGAGAUGACAGAAGAGAACAAAACAGUUCCACAUGAUGUAGCCAAAGAGACUGGGAAAUGUAUAAUCCUUUAGUAUAGCACCGUUCUACACUGUCAUUUGUCUUAACAUAAUGGUAAAACUUGUGGUUUCUCCGCUUUAAAAAUGAUGUGUCAUUUUAAAUGUGUGUGAUUACGAUCUGUCAAUAAGCAGUGUUGUUAAAAGCCCAUCUGAAGUGAUCAUGCAGAUCUUGAGCCAGUAUAUAAAUAGACUAAGCUUUCCUAAAUAUUCAAUGGACACCCUACACCACAUCUCUGAUACCAGUCUUCCCACUUAUGUAAUGUGUAAAAAAACAUGUUGCUGUAGUGGAGACAUAUUCAUAUUUUUAAGCACUUCUAAUGAAAAUAAGCUUCUGGUUGACAACAUAGGGUAUCACAAUGUAUUAGAAUGAUCUGUUUGAAACGUUUAUGUCAAUAAAACAUGCAUUUGUUUGUAUUGC